AUGAUACAUUCUCAAUCUGGACGAAGAUACCGACACCUCUACUACAUUAAUAACAAGCAAGGAAGACUUCCAGGCAAAAGGGAAAGAGAUACAAAGAAGAAAAAUGAAAAAUUGGUGUCAGAAAAUAAUAAAAUGCCUGCCAGAAACACUGAAAACAAUGACAUCCUAAUCUUUGAUGAUGCACCAGUCAUGCCAUGCAACACGAAAUCGUCUACAUAUGGUAGAGAAGAUAGAAAAUUUAAGACUUUGGAAUAUGAUGAAAACACGAAUGGAAAGAGAGCGUCAUAUUUUCAAAGUUUUGUUGAUGUUGAUAAUGAUGACGAAGAGAACACAAACCCACAGAAACAGAUCCGCAGUAGAGAUUAUCAAAAAAGUUAA